UAAUUUUCUGUUAAAUUUUCUAUCGUUUUUAAUACUUAUGUCAGAAACGGAAGGCACGGAUUUAAAAGGAGUUGUUCGGCUUCGAAUAGAUAAAGUUGCUGAGCUUGGCGCAGAAGCAACAUUUUCACCAGCCGAGAAAAUUGCUAAACUUCCCUGGAGAUUAGAAGUACUGAAAACUGCAGGUGAAGGUCAGCAUUCUCCACCAACUCUAGCAGUUUAUGUAUGGUGCAAUUGGUUAAAUAAGUCUAAUAGUUGGUCAUGUAGAGCUAUUGUUAAAUUUAUAAUCAAAUCUCGCGAGUUGGACUUUGUCCGCAAUUUUGAACAUAAUUUCUGUGCUAAACAACCAUUUGUAAAUUGGACAAGGCUUUUGGAUCCUGGUAGUAGUAGCUAUUCUUCUUCACAUGAAAGUAAAGAAUAUGAAGACUCGUCUUUAGAGAUUGAAGCGCAAAUUUGUGUGAAAGAAAUUAUUGGAUAUGGCGUUCCAACAAAAGAAGACCAAAUGUUUGUGAAUGGGAAUAUAUUUGUUGUGAAUAAAUUUCUUCUUGCUGCUCAUUCUCCAUAUUUUCGAGCGUUUUUCUUCGAGGAUCGCUUCCGCGAGUGUCAGACACAAACAUUUGAAAUUAACGAUAAAGAAGUUGAUGUGGAUAUGUUUGGUAUAAUGCUAUCUUGUAUCUACCCUGAUAAUGGGAAGCCUAAUGACAACAAUGUUGAAACCAUUCUUCAAUUAUGUGAUAAAUACGAUCUGCAAGUGGUUAAAGAACGCUGCGAACGUUUUCUUAUAGAAGAUAGUCGAAAAUGUUUUGUUUUUAAGUACAGAAUGGCCGAGCAAUAUGGGCUUAGUUCUUUAAAGGUUUUUUAG